UGACGCUAGCAGUGAAGAUGCGGAACUGACAACAGUUUUAUUGUAUCUGAUUUGGAGAACAAGGCUAAUUAAACUAUUUAGAUGUUUGCGAAAUGUUUAUACUAUGACGUCGACGUAAAGACACAGGCCACAUAGGUACGGUUUUUACUGUGGUUUGUGAAGUGGUCAUCAAAUCCUAUCGCAGGACCAAGGAGGAAGAAAACCGAAAAAGCGGUCAUGGAAUUAGAUUACCAGUUUUCAGAGAAUCUUGUACUUCGAUCAGUGAAGGACCAGGUACAGAGAGCGGGAACAUGUGUACCGUCACUUCCUGAACCGCAGCCAAUGAGUGCUGAGCGGGAGCAGCUCCUGGACCAGGUGGCUAACGUCAUCAGAGUCAUCGGUGACUCUCUCGAUCAAAAGCCGGAAUUCAAUGACAUGGUUGAUGGGUUUGCACGUGUGGCGGAUAGACAGAGUUUCCAAAUGCUGGUAAACAAAGUGUUUGUUGAUGACAUCACCUGGGGAAAAAUUGUUACUCUGAUCUGUGUUGUUGGGAAAUCCAUUGCAAAGAUUCUUGCUGAUUUUGUCUCAGGCUUUGUGUCUUGGACACUGGAUUACUUCAGGAAUAACCUACUGAGAUGGAUCUGCAAUAGGGGAGGAUGGAUCAACAGCAUCUCUUCCUUGGCUCGUUACUCCUUUGAGCGAGAUUUCGGUACGUCAUCCAGCUUGACUUCUCUUUCCUGUGGAGUCUUCUUCAUCAGUGGAUUACUGCUGGGUGGCCUCAUCGUCUGGAGGCUAAACAGAAGUGCCUGAGGAGGGUCAGUGGAGGACUGAUGAAAUGAGAAAAGGAGGAAUGCUUUACACAUGCAACGGAGUAAGAGAAAAGACUGAUUGACAAUAUCAUGCAGCGUAAGAAAGUGUAAAAUCGCAUAAUGUACAGUGUAUGAUCAGACAGGAAUUGCAGACUGUGAUUUUUUUUUUUUUUUUUUUUAUUGUUCUUGUGAGUGAGGAGGGAUAAAAUUAAUCCGAAACGGGUAGUAUAGCAAUAACUAGCAAGACUUGAAAUGUCAUAGGUGCUAUGCCAAGACAACUGUUCACUGUAAUUUCUAUGCCCACUGUAACUAACCUCUACCUCAUCUUUAUAAUUUUUAUUACAUUUUUUAAAUAAAUAAUCCUGUAAUUAUAGACUAAAUGAAUAUGCGCUAUAAAUAUGAUGUACAAAAAUUGUAUUGUUGCAUUUGAAAUGUAUUUGUUUAAACUUUUCCAAAAAUGUAGAUUAUGAAAGACCAAUGCAAACACCUACAUUAAAUACAGUCCU